AUGAUGUUGAAGAAGAACCUGACCUACGUGGAGGCGAGAGAGCUCAUCGCUCCGCUUCCGAUUCAAAAUCAGUACGACGUUUUGGCUGACAUCGCCGAAUUCCCUGCACUACCGAAUACGUUUGCAAGAAUGACGGCCGGUCGAUUCACAACGCGAAGCAAUCAACCACAGCAGCAACGGAACGUCACUAUCAACAAACCAGAAGAAAGACAGCUGGGCGCUAUCAAGAAACCAGCGAAUGACUUGUCAGGCGGAGCAAAGAAGAUGAAAAUUGAUGAGGAACGUCAGCAUCUGAUCAAGGAUCGGAAUGCGGGAGGAACAUCCAGAGGAAGCGGACUGGAAAACCGACAUGCUGUUAGCGAGCGAGAAAGAUGGGACAACAUCAUCAAGAAAGCAAACGCUGAUGCACUGGAAACGGCGAACCGCAACGUUCGGGGGGAACUCGCGAACUUCUACGCAGCUCUGAUCCAAUGCUCUGGGGUCACAGAAGAACUACAGGAAAAGAUAAAAGAAUGCUCCAAAAAAUAUCUAAAUCUUGAAAGUAUAAUAGUAUAAUCAGAUCACUAAACAACACGGAAAUUGCAAUUGAUUUAUUUUACACGUUUUCUUAUAAUUUUUCAAUAUUUUCUUAAUGGAUAAUUUCAGAUUUCUACAGUGUAACAUACAAAGCGUUUCUAAGAAUAAGGAUGAGUUACAGAGAGUUUUAACCGUGGGAAACUAUUCAGCAGUUUUACUUUCUGAAACUUGGACUAGUCCAUCAUUAGAACAAACAAGUAAGUACAAUAUUUCUCGGUAUCACAAAUUCGUCGACUCUAGGAUAGAUGGUUAUGGUGGUAGUGCCAUUUAUUUGAAACAGGAGUUUGGUUAUAAGACAAUUAGAAUCGAGUCAAGUCCAAGACACUGAAGACGACCUUACAGUUGAGGUCGAAAUACGUAUCUGUCAAAGGAUGCAAAUUCUUAGUGGAAUUCAAAGGAACCGUACUUAACCCGAUUUUCUUUUAUUUACAGAUAUUCCCCUAACAAGCCCAGGUUAAUCAUC